CCCACCCCAGUGACGCUACCAAUCAUUUGCUAAAAAAAAAAGGGUCUGUAGUCUCAGUCUCAUCUCUGAAAUUCUGAAGAAAAAACAAAUCAAAAUCACUCCCAAAUUUUGGAUGCUUCCAUUUCUAUUCAGUUCAAGUAGAAUUUAAUUUCACAUUUCACAUUUAACAUUUCCAAUUUUCUUUCCCUUUUUUUCUUCUUAAUAUGGGAAAAGGAAGAGGCUGUGUUCCCAGCAAGAAAAGAGUACCGGCUGUAACCGAAGAAUCUCCGCCGAUAACCACCACAGAAUCCGACGACUCAAUCCAAGAACCACCGUCAGUUCUAACCGAUGUCAAACUGAAGGUCUUCAUCGUGUUCUAUUCAAUGUACGGUCACGUAGAAGGGUUGGCGAAGAGGUUGAAGCAAGGCGUCGACGCUGUCGAUGGUGUUGAAGGGGUUUUGUACAGAGUGCCUGAGACAUUGUCGAUUGAGGUCUUGAAUCAGGUUAAAGCAUCGCCUAAGGAUGAAACUAUUCCGGUGAUUACGCCGGAGGAGCUUCCCGCUGCCGAUGGUGUUUUGUUUGGGUUUCCAACUAGGUAUGGCUCCAUGGCUGCGCAAAUGAAGGCUUUCUUUGAUUCUACUGGAAGUUUGUGGCAGGGGCAGAAACUUGCCGGAAAACCCGCCGGUGUCUUUGUGAGUACUGGAACUCAAGGCGGCGGUCAAGAAACCACUGCUUGGACGGCAAUUACUCAGCUUGCACACCAAGGAAUGUUGUUUGUUCCUAUUGGAUAUACAUUUGGACCUGGAAUGUUCAAUAUGGAAUCCAUUAGAGGUGGUUCUCCAUAUGGUGCAGGAACGUUUGCGGGUGAUGGCACAAGAGAGCCAAGUGAAACAGAGCUGGCACUUGCUGAGCAUCAGGGCAAGUAUAUGGCUGCCGUAGUCAAGCGACUCGCCAAGUCCUGAUGCUGUUUUCUUGAUUUCAUUCUAGUAUUGUUGGUCAUCUUUCUUUUUUAUUUUACCUUUGUUUGUUGUUAAAUUGAUUUUGGCAUUUUUCCAUUGCAUUGUGAGGAGGAAUGACAGUUCUGUUGCACACUGUCAGUGUCAAUUGUGAUGGGGAUAAGGAUUCUCGUGUUGUUCUAGGUUCUGCAUUGUUCUGGAAGUUGUACAUGUUUUUUUAAAUACAUACCAAAUGAUAUUGUGAAUUUGUGUA